AUGGGUAGAAUCCCAUGUUGCGAAAAGGAGAGUGUGAAGAAGGGUCAGUGGACCCCUGAAGAAGAUCACAAAUUGUCUUCCUACAUCGCUCAACAUGGGACUCGUAACUGGCGCCUUAUUCCCAAAAAUGCAGGCCUCCAAAGAUGUGGGAAGAGCUGUAGGUUACGUUGGACUAACUACCUACGCCCUGAUCUAAAGCAUGGACAAUUCUCCGAUGCUGAAGAACAAAUCAUUGUCAGGCUACAUUCUGUUCUAGGCAACAGGUGGUCCGUGAUAGCCGCACAGUUGCCAGGACGAACAGACAAUGAUGUGAAGAACCAUUGGAACACGAAACUGAAAAAGAAGCUCUCAGGUAUGGGAAUCGAUCCAGUUACGCAUAAGCCUUACUCCCACCUCAUGGCAGAGAUAGCCACCACUCUCGCACCUCCACAGGUGGCUAACCUCGCAGAAGCAACUCUCGGAUGUUUGAAAGAUGAGAUGCUUCAUCUCCUAACCAAGAAGCACAUAGAUAUUCAAUUCCAAUCCCCUAAUCAUGCUCCUGCACCACCACAAAAUGCCUCCACGUCACCUUCUUAUAAUAUUACUUCUAAGCAUGAAGCACAUGAUGAUCAUGAUACGAUUGAAAAGAUCAAGCUUGGAUUAUCAAGGGCGAUCAUACACGAGCCUCAGACAACCAACAAACCUUGGGACGCUAACGGAGCAUCAUCUGCAAACUUUCCUGGAUUUCAUUACGCCCUUCCAUCGUUUGGUCAUGAAGGAGACGGAUCUCCCUGGAGUCAGAGCAUGUGCACUGGUAGCACAUGCACGGCAGGUGACCAGCAACCUCAGUUUCAUUCAAAAUUAGCCGAUGGUAACGCCGAUGACUCUGAAGGAGAAAAAGAUACAAGAAAUGUUUCAAGUAUGUUCAACCCCGACUGUGACUUGUGGGAUCUACCUUCCAACGAUCUCAUGAAUCCUUUAGUUUAG